CGCAUCGACGGACAGACUUUUUCUCCGGCGAAUUCUCUCCGGCAGACUCCCUCCGGCAACCUAAAAAAAUGUACCAGUGCGUUAAAAAGUGUACCAAUCCAUUAGUCUACUGGUAAUUAAUAUACUAGUGCUAGUGGUACGCUACUAAUGCGUUAAAAAAUGUAUCAGUACUAGUGGUACGCUACCAGUACAACGCUACCACUACCAUUGGUAGCGGUACCAGUAGAGAAUAAAUGUACCACUAGCACUGGUAGCGCUACCACUAGCAUUGAUAGCGAUACCAGUAGAGAAUAACACAAAAAUAACAUAUGAUAGUGGUACCAGAUGAUAGUAGUACGCUACCACUACCAGCUACCUUAUGGUAGUGGUAGGUACCACUAUCACUGGUACGCUACCAGAAAAAAAAAUGGUACCAAUAAAAAACCAGAUCUAGAAAAGGGGAGUCGGUGACGGGAGAGAGAGGUAGGGGAAGAGGGUGACCUCGUGACGGCGGCAGUGGUGGGGGACGAAGGGCGGCGAGAGGGCUCCGACGGGGAGAGGAUGGUGGUGACGAGAUGCGACGAGCCUGCGGUGACGAGAUGGCGGUUGAGAUGGCGGUUGACGCUCGACAGGCGGCUCAAGGCGGAGGGGCGCCGACGCCGGCGGUGGAGAUGGCGGAGGGCUCUGCGAGAGAGGGAGGAGAGACAAUGAUGGCUACAGGAGAGAGGGAGGAGAGAGAGAGGGAUGAUGGAGGAGUUAGGGUUUUUUUCUUUUUAUAUGGUAGGGUGAAUGAUUGGGUGUGGUAAAUUUUUACCCUUCUAAAAAUUUCAUUCCUUUAAUCUUAACCGUUAAAUUAAAAAAAGAAAAAAGAAACAGGAGAGAGAACGUAUCCAAAGGCUAUGAAGUGGGUUGUCACCGUAUCCCAUCCCUCAAAUGAAGGGUAUUAGUUGGACUUUUAAGUUAAUAGAUUGGAUUUGUUAGUAAACGGUAUAUGAUCCACGAUUGAAACUCUCCCAACAACUCGAGUUAUUGGGAUCAACUGGUUCUUGACAUGGUAUCAGAGCCUUCUGUGACCGUGAGGUCUUGUGUUCGAUUCCCGGUGACCCCAUCUGUUUCUGUUAAGCACACGGUGUUCGGAAAUUUAAUUUGGAUUGAUUUAAAAAAAAGUGAAUAGAUUGGAUAAAAUAGAAAAUUGUUA